CUUGUAGAAUUUCCCUAACGAAAAAAGAAUAGGAAAAAGGACCCAAUUCUCUAACGAGGAAAUUCAUCUUUCGUCCACGCAACCAAACUUUUGUUCGGCUGGCUGGCCCUCUUACCCCUUUGCAACUCCGCUCCGGUAUUCCUUCCCGUCUGGUUCACUGCUAAAGGGAAAUAUAAGAGCUUUUCCGAUCAUCCUUGUCCUUCUUUUCCUUUUUCGCUCCUGGGUUGCCUUCUACUUCUCUAGCGAACCUUUCCUCUGUUGUUUAUCUGUCUUCCUGGGUUCGGUAAAUUCCAGGGGAUACCUAUUUGCGCCCCUGUCCACCCGAUAGUUCCUAGGGCGCUUCGUUUGGAGCUCUUGCUUUGCUGGGUCGCAGGUAAUUCCAUAUCCUUGUCCUUUGUUAAAUUAAGAUUGUACGUUUGAGGUUCCGCUUAUUGGCGGCGUGCCAGAUAGUUGAAAUUCUCCAGCUCAGCUUCUUCCUUGGGUAUUGGGUUUUAAAGUUCGGAGUUUUAUUCUCCAUGAUCGAUUGAGGUUGAAUUAGGUGCCUGCAAAGUUUUCCUUGAGCUCUGGUUUCAGAGUACCACGAUUUUUAGCUUCUAUGAGUUUAUGUUUGGACAGUGGGUGUUUAUUACUGUUUGGUCAUCCGCUGACAGUUUUUGAUGUAUGCGCCGGCAGUUUGAUGAGUUUGAACUAUGGAUAAGCUUUUGAUUCUGGGGUUUCUUCUAAGCGCAGUAAUAAGUGUUAGAUUGAGUUCUAUUUCUAGAGCCAUUCUGAAGUUUUUAUCUUUGCUCUUCAUGGUCCUUAUUUCGUGAACUUUAUGCGGGAAGCAAAUCAUUCUUGUUAACCGUAAGUCAGUAGAUUAAUCACCAUCUCUUGGUAAUACACUGCCCCGCUUGGAUUAAACAUUCCUGCAUUACCGCACCAGGGUGAGUCUGGCUGUAGAAGAACUAAAUAGUGGAAGUACUCAGACUGCAAUGCAUGGUGGAUGUAAUACUUUAAGCAUGUAGAAUACUUGAUUGUGAGCUAUUAAUGAGUCACGACGUCUUAAUUUCCUGCUUAAUUAUAUUAUCUCGAUAACUUACUGGCAAUAAGUAGUACUGUUGGUGAACAGAGAGGCCGUUUUGUAGCACACUUCAUAGAAUGUUGUCAAACUUUUUGCUUCUGUACCAAUUACUCAUAUCUGUAAACCUCAUUGUUCAUUCGUGGUUAUGGAAAAUUCUUGCUUUGGCGCAGUACAUCCUUGCCAAAGGUUCCUAAUAGAUGGGGGGAAAAAACUCGAGAGAGUUUAUCAGCCUUUUGUCCUUAGCAACAGGAAAAAUCACGUUGCUUCGGACUUGUAUAUCCUAUACCUAUUUCAAACUUGAUUCUGGAAAUCUGAUGCCGUCACUUAGAGCCAAAGGAUGCCUACUGUUUUUUCUCUUCUCAAGUUCUGUCUCAUAAAAUCCUGUAUAGCUGUGUCCAAGUCCAAUUUGUUUGGUUGCCAACAUGCCAACAUAUGGGUUCAAAGAAUUUAGUGGGUUGCACGGUUGUGACUCGCUGGAAUGUUUAAGAACCUUAUAUGAAACAAAAGGGGAGCUAAACGAUAAUAACACAACAGUUUCGUAAAUAUAAUAGGGAGUUUGGAAUAUCGCAUGUGCUAUGGCUCAUCCAGUGGGAUAAUUGUACAAGUCUAGUCCAUUUCCUGGCAUCAACUAGAACAUGUACUUUAAGAUGUUGGGAUUAUAUUGUUGUGUGCUCACGUUAUUGGGAUUUGUCAGCAGACUGUUACUAUUCAGUUGAUAAAUCAGUGAUCCUGCAGCUGAUUGGUUUGAGGCUGUAAUAGUCUGAUUGCUUAAUUGGGGCAUUUAGAUAUCAGAACCUCACUUCUUUUCCCUCCAAUUCUAUUUCCAUUCUCUGUCUUUCUUGUGAGUACUGGACUUUGAAUCUACAAUAGUUAUUUUAUUUAUCUACUUUUGAUAAGGGAGAUUUAUUAUGCUACGAUGAGGGAACCAGCAAGUUCAACAGUACUUGUUAUGUCCUUUGAACCCCCCCCCCCCCCCCCCCCCCCCCCGCCCCCCCCCCCCCGCCACCCCCCCCCCCCCCCCCCCCUCUCUCCCCCCACCCACCCAACGCCAAGGUGUUUCUCUGGAUCCUGCCCCUUCUUUACAGGCCGUGUGACCAAUGAUCACGAUAAUUUAUAUGUUAUCCUAGUUGGUUUUUACAGACUGUGAGUGCAAUCUCAAUGGCACUUCAAUUUAAGUUGUCUGCUUUGUGUUUACUAUGAAUGAAAAAUAAAUCCCAGCUACAGCUUGUAAUUAACUGAAGUUCCUUUUUUAUCUCCAGAACUUUGUUGUAGCUAUUUUUGCGUUCUGGGGGAUGGACUGGUUGACUUUGCAUACUCUAUGCAUUUGUGAAUGAUGUUCAGUGGGCAAACGAGCUCUAACACCCUCAGGAAAUUUAAUUGGAGAUGGCAUGAUGACUCCACUUUGACAGCAGGCUUGCUUAAGGAUGUGGCACCAGAGAUUGAGCUGUCUGGUUAUGGAAGGAUACCAAGUCCUGGUAGUGAAAGCCCUUCUGGACUUCUUAAUGGUGAAAGCUUGAACGUUGAGCCAAUUGCUGAUCUGGACCUGUUCUUUGAAAGGCUUUACAGCUACUACUGUGAGAAGGGCCUCUGGUGCAUUAUUAUAAAAUGGAUAGUUGAACUCCUGAGCCUUGGUUUCACCAUCUGUUUCUCUGGGUUUUUCUUACUUUACGUUGACUGGAAUGGUUUACGUAAUGCUAAGUGUGGAAUGGAUGCAGUUGAAUCUGGAACCAAGCCUUGUGACCUGGCAAAAGAAGCUCUUCAUGAACACCCAUUAACCCCCUUAACUCUAUCAAAAGCCAUCAUUGUUGGAUAUUUGGGAUUAUUUUCCAUCUAUCUUGUCUUCUGUUUCUUCAGGUUUUUCUCACAGUUGAAGGAGACCCUUCGGAUCCGUCAAUUCUAUCACAAUAGUCUUCAUGUGACAGACAAGGAGAUUCAAACUAUGCCAUGGGCAACAGUUCUUGAAAAGGUUGUCCAACUGCAAACCUCUCGACAACUCUGCGUGGUCAAAGACCUAUCAGCCCAUGACAUGGUCAUGCGAUUGAUGCGAAAAGAGAACUACUUGAUUGGAAUGCUCAAUAAAGGGGUAAUUGCAUUCCCCAUAUCACCAUGGAUUCCAGGUGCUGGGCCAAUUGUCAAAUUUGGUACAGAUGGAACUCAGUAUCGCUUGAUUCUCACAAAGACUCUUGAGUGGACCUUAAAUUGGUGCAUACUGCAGAGCAUGUUUGAUCGAAACUUCUGUGUUAAGAUGGACUUCCUUUCGAAUCCUAAAACGCUGAAAAAGCGACUUAUGGUCGUGGGGAUUGCAAUGCUUCUGCUUUCGCCAUUUCUUGUCAUAUUCAUGUUAGUAUAUCUCUUCUUGCGACAUGCUGAGCAGUUCUAUAAUCAUCCUGGCACAGCAUCAUCUAGACGGUGGUCAAAUUUGUCGAGGUGGAUGUUUAGAGAAUUCAAUGAGGUUGACCAUUUGUUCAAGCAUCGAAUCAACAGCAGUAUAGUGCAUGCUUCAGAAUAUCUAAAACAGUUCCCAUCUCCUAUAAUUUCCAUUGUUGCAAAGUUUAUCUCAUUCGUAUCCGGUGGAUUUGCUGCUGUCCUGCUGAUCAUUGCAUUUGUGGAGGAAUCUUUACUCGAGGGCCAUAUCUUCGGGCGCAACUUGCUUUGGUAUGCUGCUGUUUUUGGAACUAUAACAGCUAUCAGCCGGGCUGCAGUGACAAAUGAUCUCUUAGUUCUUGAUCCGGAAGGAACAAUGACUGUGGUGGUACAGCAUACUCAUUACAUGCCAAAGAGAUGGCGGGGCAAGGAACAUACUGAGACAGUUAGAAUAGAGUUUGAAACCUUAUUUCAGUAUACUGGUAUGAUGUUACUUGAGGAGAUGGCAUCUAUAUUUCUCACUCCACUCUUGCUUUUAUUUGUUGUACCUAAGCGCGUUGAUGACAUCUUGGAGUUCAUAGCAAAUUUCACUGUGGAAGUGCAAGGCGUUGGUCAUGUUUGUAGUUUUAGUGCUUUUGAUUUUCUAAAUCAUGGCAAUAGCAACUACGCUUCGCCCUGUAAUGCACCUCGCACUCAAAGGAGUUCUCAGGGAAAGAUGGAAAAAGCAAUGUUGAGUUUCAAGAGUAGCUAUCCUUCAUGGGAACCAAAUGCUCAAGGGAAGCAGUUCUUGCUAAAUCUUAGGAAUUUCAGGGAACAGAAGAUGCAAGGACCAGGAAUUAGACAUAUGUGUCACCAUCCACAAAUGUUGCGAGGCAGUCCUCUAAGCCUUAGAAGUGCCGGGGAGAGAAACACGACCAUUUUUAGGGGUGCACCGUAUCAUACUGCUGGAUUUCAGUUGGACUCCUUAUGGUUGAUUGAUGUGGAUCAAAAGAAUCAUCAUCCAUAUCUUCUGGAUUGGUACUAUAUGUCUCAACGCGACAAUUUGAUGAAUGAUAAUCCUAGAGAAGAACAUACUGCACAACUUGAUGUUACUGACCAACAAACCGAAGAUUUCUGGAACCCUACCAAUUUGGCGCAGUGUGGUGAUCAAAGAUAUGAUGAUGAAGACUACUGGGACCGUCAGCAUUUUGAUGAUCGACCAGGCUCUCAUCUGCAGGCUUCCACAUCUGCUCCAUUCUUUCGGGAGAGUGUGAUCCAGCAUCAUGAUUCCACUCACGGUGUUCAUCGUCCUGGUGGAAGCCAUUGGUGGUCCAGAAGCAACUUGCACGGACAACAGCCCCAGGCAAGUUUCCUGGAGCCCCCUGAUUUCAACAGAUAUGCCCAUAGUAAUCAGUUUGAGAAUUUAUCGGAAAGAAGCAUGGAGGAACAAGAACAGGACCUGGAGUUGAGGAACUCGCGUAGUAUGUCCAGGACUACUUACAUGUAUGAUGAUGACAUUGAAGCUGGAGGGAAUUUAAGUCUCCAUUUUGAUGAAGUGUAUGGCAGCAGACCUCCUGAAACUGAAACUAUAGGUGAAGACCUUGAAGACCCACCUAGCUUUUAAAGAAAAACGAUAUGGGGUAUAAGAUCAGGUUAUCAAGCCUGGAAGUUAUGUUCAGAUUUGUGGACUUGUAGUGGACUUGUACAGGUUUAGAUUUAAUUGUUGUACAUAAGAUUCAUUUUUAAGGUAGCUUUUAUCCAGUCAAUUUUUAGAGGGCCACUCCAUUCUGAGCUGCCUUCUGAAACUGUAAAGACUCAAGACAAUGCAAUCUAAAUCCAACGUAGAUUCAUUAAAUCUUCUGUUAACAU